GGAAAUACAAAGCCAGGCGACGCUUAAUAUAGAUGUGGCUGCUAGACAUUGGAUAGAGCCGAAAUCCCGAAAGAAGCGGAUUGGCGAAACCCAAAAACCAACUGCGUUUUAGCUUUUCCUAGGCGUGUGUUUGGCGUUGGGCCAAAAGAACCAAAGCUUAAUCCAAAACAAUUGGGGAGGGAUAGCCAAAUGGCAGAGCGGCUAUCACAGCUGACACAAAUAGUGAAAGUUCCGAGUCCUUCACCUUCACAAUCUCAGUCAUCAUCACUGAAGCGGCCGAUGGCUUCGUCUCUAGGCACCGCCGCCUCUUCUCGAAUCUUUGCUGCUUCCUCCUCCAAAGCUCGACUGUGUCUCCGUUCCUCCUAUUCUUCUUCUCCCUCUCUCAUUUCUUUCUCCUCUUCUAAAUCCCUCGCUCUCUGUCCUCCUUUCUCUCGCCACCAGAGGACAUCGGCGGUUAAUGGGACGAGCAGCGGAAGAUUCAGCACGGUAGCAAGUCCGAAAUGCGCUGCUUCGGAUCCUGAUCAGUUGAAGAGUGCUAGGGAAGAUAUCAAGGAGCUUCUCAAAUCUAAAUUUUGCCAUCCUAUUCUGGUUCGUCUAGGAUGGCACGAUGCUGGCACCUACAACAAGAACAUUGAGGAAUGGCCUCAAAGGGGAGGAACGAAUGGAAGUCUUAGGUUUGAAGUUGAGCUGAAACAUGCAGCCAAUGCUGGUCUUGUGAACGCGUUGAAACUUAUUCAGCCUAUCAAGGACAAGUACUCUGGUGUAACAUAUGCAGAUUUGUUCCAGUUGGCUAGUGCUACUGCUAUUGAGGAGGCCGGGGGACCCAAAAUUCCUAUGAAAUAUGGUAGGGUGGAUGUCUCUGGUCCUAAUGAGUGUCCUGAAGAGGGCAGGCUACCUGAUGCUGGACCCCCUUCACCUGCUGAUCAUCUACGAGAGGUUUUCUACCGAAUGGGAUUGAAUGACAAAGAAAUAGUUGCAUUAUCUGGUGCACACACACUUGGGAGGUCCAGACCAGAGCGUAGUGGUUGGGGCAGACCGGAAACUAAGUAUACGAAAGAUGGGCCAGGAGCACCAGGAGGACAUUCCUGGACUGUGCAAUGGUUGAAGUUUGACAAUUCAUACUUCAAGGACAUCAAAACGAAAAAGGAUGAAGAUCUGCUCGUGCUGCCAACUGAUGCUGCCCUUUUUGAAGAUCCCUCUUUCAAGGUGUAUGCUGAGAAAUAUGCUGAAGAUCAGGAGACAUUCUUCAAGGAUUAUGCAGAAGCCCAUGCCAAACUUAGCAACCUUGGGGCCAAAUUUGAUCCUCCAGAGGGUGUUGUGUUAGAUGCUGGUCCCACACAAGCUGCACCGGAAAAGUUUGUGGCUUCCAAGUACUCGACUGGAAAGAGAGAGCUGUCAGAAGCUAUGAAGCAGAAGAUUCGAGCAGAAUAUGAGGGGCUUGGUGGAAGCCCGGAUAAGCCUCUACCAACCAACUAUUUUCUAAACAUCAUGAUUAUUAUUGGUGUUUUGGCCUUUUUGACAUCUCUUAUGGGUAAUUAUUAAUUAACUGUGUGUUUGAGCUGUCUCACUAUUAAAGGAGUAUACUAGUAGUGUUUUCCUCUUUGCUCUUAUGGCUAAUACUAAUAGUUGUGAAUUGAAUCACACCAUGAGAGUGAGUAUAUGGUUUCUCAUGCUGCAUCAGCGCUUUUAGCAAUGUUUAAACCCUCAAAUUUUGAGGUCGGCUCCUA